CACCUUGCGAACGCCGCCCCAUUAACGCUGAUCAGUAACUGAGGACGAACUCGGAACCAUUUCUGUGAAACCGCGUUUAACGACUACAAGUGCAUCGCCCGUGUUCCACAACGUGCUUGUUCUGGUGCUUCUAGAACGUUCCCGAGGCUUCACUAUAUACGAUUUUCAAUCGAUCUCUUCUGAUUGUCUGCAAAAGAUUAAAUAAAAACUACAAUCAAAAACCAUUAAUUGACAGAAAAUAUUUUCAUUUUGUUGCAUUUCAAAUCUAAUUAAAAGAUGGAAGACAAGGGAUUAAGUUUUGCUGAUCAAUCUCUUUCGCUCAAUUCUGCUGAAGACGCCAAAAUUAUAGUUUCAGCAAUCGAAAAAUGUCCGCGCCUGAUUUUUUUCAAUCUUCAAGGAAAUACUUUAGGAAUUGAUGCUGCUAAAGAAAUUGGUCAUGCUCUUGCUAAACAUGGGUCUCAUCUUAAACAUGCAUUAUGGCAAGAUAUGUUUACUGGACGACUUAAAUCUGAAAUACCAAUAGUUCUAGAACAUUUAUCAGCUGGUUUAUUAACAGCAAAUGUCCGUUUAUCUGAACUUGAUUUAAGUAAUAAUGCUUUUGGACCAAUUGGCAUGCAAGGAUUAGUCAAACUAUUGAAUUCACCUGUGUGUUAUGAAUUACAAACAUUACGUUUAAUGAACAAUGGAUUAGGAAUUAGUGGAGCAAAAAUGCUUGCAAAAGCAUUGAUUGAUAAUUAUCAUGCUAGUACUAAAGCUGGUACUCCAUUAAAACUUAAAGUACUAAUAGCUGGUAGAAACAGGUUAGAAAAUGAAGGCAUUAUAGCAUUGUCUCAAUUCUUUGAUCUUGUUAAAACCAUGGAAGAAAUAACAAUCCCUCAAAAUGGAAUUUAUUGCAAAGGUAUAAUAGCACUAUCUAAAAGCUUACUACAAAAUCCAAAUUUAAAAGUAUUGGAUGUUCAGGAUAAUUUACUAACUGUGUUGGGAGCAGAAGCAUUAGCUAAUGUUUUACCAAAAUUAAUAAAUCUCAAACAUUUGAAUAUUGCUGAUUGUUUAAUAAAAUCUAAAGGGGCUUUAGCAAUUGCUGAAGCUUUACUUGUUCAUGAUUCCCUUGAAAAUUUGGAUGUAAGUUAUAAUGAGAUCAGUGGUGAAAGUGGAAUUAUAUUAACAAAGGCACUAUGUGACAAAAUAAACUUAAAAGGGUAUAAUAUUAAUGGUAAUAGAUUUGGAAUAGAAACUAUUGACAUGAUUUCAAAUAUACUAAAAGAAUCUAACAAGGACAAAACUCUGGGGUCGUUCAGCGGUGAUGAAGGUGAAUGUUCAUCUGAUGAAGAUGAUAAUGAAGAAGCUGAAAAAAGUUCAACUGAUUCUGAAGAUAGUAAUAUUUCUACUUCUCAAGCUGAUAUAACUGCUAAUAUAAUGAAAGAUAUGACUGUUAGUGAGAUUAAAUUAGUACAAAAUUCUACAGAUGAUGUUAGUUUUGAAAUAUUAGUUGAUCAACUAAUGGAUAUUGCUGGUCGUUAUAAUAAUGCAGACGAUAAAGAUAUUUUGGAUAAGUGUUUUGAGUUGUAUAAAACCGCUUAUACUGAUGCUACCAAAAGAUUGAAAUUUAUUGAUUUGACAAAUUUAUUGUUAGAAAAACAUGGAUUAAUUAAAAGUGAAGAAGGAUUCGAAAUACGAGAAGAUGUCAGUAGAUGUUUAGAAGUUCUGAAAAUAGCUGUUGAAAAUAAAAAUGUUAUUCCUGAACCAUCUCGAUGUGUUUUAAGCUUUAUGUUAAAAAAAAAUAUUCAGUCUAAAUAAUUUGUAAACUAUGUCUUUUUAGUACGUUAAAAUGGCAAUCAAUAAUCUGAAAUAUAUAUCAUUUUUUUGUGUAA